AUGAUCCAGCAGUUUAUGGCAGAGCUGCCUGCAUCACGGGUGACCCCAGCACGAGCCUUUACAACGACAGGCGUCGAUUAUUUUGGUCCGCUGUACGUAAGACCUGGGUUUCGGAGAGCGGCAGUGAAGGCUUACGUGGCAGUUUUCGUGUGCUUCGCUUCGAAGGCGGUGCACCUGGAGAUAGUGACCGAUCUAUCUACGGCGAGGUUUUUACAAGCGUUAAGGAGGUUUACGUCGCGGCGAGGAAAGUGUGCUGUUCUUCACUCUGACAACGGCACCAAUUUUGUCGGGGCGAAGAACAAGAUGUCCGAGUUGUUGCAGAGAUUGCGGUGUUCCGAUUUUCACGACGAGGUGGCCCGGCAGUGCGCAGACGAAGGUAUGCAGUGGAAAUUUAACCCACCAGGAGCUCCCCACUUCGGCGGCCUCUGGGAGGCGGCAGUUCGAUCGGCGAAGCAGUAUCUGGUACGAGUUUUGGGAGAAUCCGUCGCCACCUAUGAGGACAUGGUGACACUUUUGGCAGAAGUGGAAUGUUGCCUCAAUUCGAGGCCACUUACCCAACUAAAGGACGACCCCGAGGAUUUGCGAGCGUUGUCACCCGGUCAUUUCCUCAUCGGUGCAGAACUACAGGCCCUACCAGACGAGGAUUUCCAGGAUUGUGCGUCGAACCGAUUACCCCCAUGGGAUCUGGUGCAGCAACGAGUUAAGCAUUUCUGGUCGAGAUGGAGGAAGGAGUACCUGAAUCAACUGCAGGCUCGCAACAAAUGGUGGAAGCCUGCUGUCAAGGUGGAAGUUGGCAAACUGGUGGUAAUCCGAAACGAUAAUCUCCCGCCCACGCGUUGGCGGAUGGGUAGAAUCACCGAAGCACAUCCAGGACCAGACGGAGUGGUAAGGGUCAUAUCCUUGAAGACGGCCAGCGGACCAUGUACCAGACCGGUGACCCAAAUCUGUAUCUUACCGGUGCAGAUGUCGACGGAAGCGGAAGAAGGUGAGAGGCAGGAUUGA